AAGCAUGCCAUCAUCCUUCGAGGGUCCUCAUGGGAAGAUAGUGUACAAACUGGAAGCCAAGCUGGUCAGGGGUUGGCUAAAGACACGCGACCUAGUGAAGGAAAUCACCUUUGUCUCCAAGGCUGACUUGAACCAUGUCCUACUAAUGGUGUGUAAUCUGUGCUACCAUAAAACUUCAAUUAAUAGCCCAGGCGUUUAUUUGCUUCAAUCACAGAACACAACCAGCGCUUAUUAGAGCCAGGCGUCUAUUUCCUUAAUGCAGACAGCUUUUGCUCAAUAAAAUGUUGAAGACUACCACACUGUUUGUGACCAGUAUGACCAGUAUAAACAUUAUAAUAAUAAUUCCAUCGCAGAUCAGACUUGCAAAGACUAGGCUGACUAUCAUACACCCCCGAUUUCACACUUCAGCACCAUUCUCUCACUUGUUGCGCCCCUUUGUGCCUUGUAUCUCCGGUAGUUGAGCCGACCAUGUCAAAUGACACUGCUGUCUCGUCCAAUGAUGUUGCUCUCCUUUAUCUUCUUUAUGGUACUCACUGAAGUUCACUCAUAAACAAUUCAUUUAGACCCAGUGUUUAUUUGAAACAGGCGUUUAUUUGCUGAAAUGUGUGCCGAUGCCCGUCUAUUAAAAAAAGGGACAGGCGGCUAUUUGAGACUCAGCGUUUAAUUGAAGUUUUAUGGUAAUCUAGUCCAUUUUAUUAUUCAUUACAUGUGGGAAAUAGGAUGGAUGGAUGUAAGGUGUUAUUCAUCACAUACAGUGGGGGAAAAAAGUAUUUAGUCAGCCACCAAUUGUGCAAGUUCUCCCACUUAAAAAGAUGAGAGAGGCCUGUAAUUUUCAUCAUAGGUACACGUCAACUAUGACAGACAAAAUGAGAAAAAUAAAUCCAGAAAAUCACAUUGUAGGAUUUUUAAUGAAUUUAUUUUCAAAUGAUGGUGGAAAAUAAGUAUUUGGUCAAUAACAAAAGUUUCUCAAUACUUUGUUAUAUACCCUUUGUUGGCAAUGACACAGGUCAAACGUUUUCUGUAAGUCUUCACAAGGUUUUCACACACUGUUGCUGGUAUUUUGGCCCAUUCCUCCAUGCAGAUCUCCUCUAGAGCAGUGAUGUUUUGGGGCUGUCGCUGGGCAACACGGACUUUCAACUCCCUCCAAAGAUUUUCUAUGGGGUUGAGAUCUGGAGACUGGCUAGGCCACUCCAGGACCUUAAAAUGCUUCUUACUAAGCCACUCCUUCGUUGCCCGGGCGGUGUCUUUGGGAUCAUUGUCAUGCUGAAAGACCCAGUCACGUUUCAUCUUCAAUGCCCUUGCUGAUGGAAGGAUGUUUUCACUCAAAAUCUCACGAUACAUUGCCCCAUUCAUUCUUUCCUUUACACGGAUCAGUCGUCCUGGUCCCUUUGCAGAAAAACAGCCCCAAAGCAUGAUGUUUCCACCCCCAUGCUUCACAGUAGGUAUGGUGUUCUUUGGACGCAACUCAGCAUUCUUUGUCCUCCAAACACGACGAGUUGAGUUUUUACCAAAAAGUUCUAUUUUGGUUUCAUCUGACCAUAUGACAUUCUCCCAAUCCUCUUCUGGAUCAUCCAAAUGCACUCUAGCAAACUUCAGACGGGCCUGGACAUGUACUGGCUUAAGCAGGGGGACACAUCUGGCACUGCAGGAUUUGAGUCCCUGGCGGCGUAGUGUGUUACUGAUGGUAGGCUUUGUUACUUUGGUCCCAGCUCUCUGCAGGUCAUUCAAUAGGUCCCCCCGUGUGGUUCUGGGAUUUUUGCUCACCGUUCUUGUGAUCAUUUUGACCCCACGGGGUGAGAUCUUGCGUGGAGCCCCAGAUCAAGGGAGAUUAUCAGUGGUCUUGUAUGUCUUCAAUUUCCUAAUAAUUGCUCCCACAGUUGACUUCUUCAAACCAAGCUGCUUACCUAUUGCAGAUUCAGUCUUCCCAGCCUGGUGCAGGUCUACAAUUUUGUUUCUGGUGUCCUUUGACAGCUCUUUGGUCUUGGCCAUAGUGGAGUUUGGAGUGUGACUGUUUGAGGUUGUGGACAGGUGUCUUUUAUACUGAUAACAAGUUCAAACAGGUGCCAUUAAUACAGGUAACGAGUGGAGGACAGAGGAGCCUCUUAAAGAAGAAGUUACAGGUCUGUGAGAGCCAGAAAUCUUGCUUGUUUGUAGGUGACCAAAUACUUAUUUUCCACCAUAAUUUGCAAAUAAAUUCCUUAAAAAUCCUACAAUGUGAUUUUCUGGAAUUUUUUUCUCAAUUUGUCUGUCAUAGUUGACGUGUACCUAUGAUGAAAAUUACAGGCCUCUCUCAUCUUUUUAAGUGGGAGAACUUGCACAAUUGGUGGCUGACUAAAUACUUUUUUCCCCCACUGUAUGUGUGAAAGUGGAUGGUUGGAUGUACAGAUCCCGGUUAGGUUUCCUUGUGUCAUACUAUUAUAGAACAUAAUGUAAUUUCCUUAUCCUGCGUUCCAGUCUCCUCAGCAUGGUGUGAAGAACAAGUCAGUUGGUAUAUUCACCUCAGGACAUGUCACCAUGGAUGUCCACGUUGAAAGGAUGGGUUAUAUGCCAGGUAAUGUAUCAACAUGAAGGGCUAGAACUUGAUACUGAAAAAUAUGCUCUGUUUCAGAGGGACUAUGAAACGAGCUCUCAUAAGUGUCCUGAUCACACAAUUAACUUUCACAUACAAGGCUUAGUCAAUAUUUAUAAUGCCUUCAACAUAACUGUACAGGACCUGUGCCAAUGCACUGUUGUGUUGGUUAUUUGAAAUAUCAGACUGUCUUUAAUUUUGUGGUGGCUUCUUCCACUCUAGGUGAGAUGGUGAAUAUCUGUGCAAACAUCAAGAACAACUCCUCCCGUGACCUUAAGCCCAAAUUCAGUCUGAAGCAGAAAAUGACUUUCAUUGCUACUGGCAACACAAAGAUUGCAGAGCAGACAGUCUGCAAAGUAGUCAGAGAACCUAUCCCGUCCAACACCCGACAAAGUGUUGCUGGGUCAUUGAAGAUACCUGCUGACCAGGACUUGUCCAUCCUGAACUGUAACAUCAUAAGAGUAGAGUACAUACUAAAGGUACAUCCAAGUGUCAGGACAAUCACUUCAUAUUCCUAGUAUUAGACAGAAAGGUAACGCUUUAACGAUAAGCUUUAUGCUCAAGUGAUGCAUAUUAACUUGACAUUCGUAGUCACUAACACACGGAUCUCCCAUUGACGGUAGUGCAAAAAGGCAGGUCAGGCAUGUGCAUCUCAAGUUACGAUUUGGCUAAAGAGAUUUUGAUGAAUUCCCAAUACUCCUCCUUAACAUGCUGUUUGUUUUACAGGUAUACUUGGACGUUCCUCUUGCCACAGACCCUGAAGUCAAGUUUCCAUUGGUUAUUAUCCCUUCCUUCUUUCGGUCUGACCUAUCACCAGGCAGGCCUGUCCUCGGGUUUGAAAAAUUCGCGAAAGGUGGUCCAAGCAACAGUGACUUCCCUUCUGAUACAGCCUUUGGACCACAUUCUCCUGCCUCGAGUCCAGGGGGAAGCCUAUAUCGGUCUGUCCCACCAGUGUACUCUACCGCUGUAGCCAUGGGAGGAAGUUAUCACCCUGACCCACAGCAAACAUACCCAUACCAAACUCGCCUGUUAAUGCAUCCACCUCCAACUGCGCCACCAUUUCAUGCACCCCUGACUGCCCCGAUGAUGCUUUCACACACCUCUCCUCAAGAGACAGACCAACCCCCGUCGUAUUGUUCCCUCUUUCCUCCGUCAGCGACUGAAACAUAUCACCCUGAUACACCAUAAACACUCAUCUUUGACAGACGCGAUGCAACUGAUCCACUCCCAGUGUGUCAUUGUUGCACACACCAACAGACCUGUAAACAGUAUGUUAGUGAACGAACAAAAUGCCAGGUUUAAGUCAGUGUUUCAAGUCUAUAUCAUUUGUUUGUGUGUUUUGAACCAUAAAGAUUUUUUUUUUAGACCUGCUUUUGAGUUCUGUCUUCCAGGAUUUGUGUCUGAUGCAACAUUUAUAAAAAAUAUAUUUUUUUUUAAUGUAAUGCUCAGAUCACUCAUAUGGUGCCUUCUUGACUGCCUUUAUGAAUUAAUGUAAACGUAAUUUUUUUGCAAACAUUUUUUGACUCCAGGUUUGCCACCACAGUGCCCUUCAUUUGUUAAUGCAAAAUGCAUGCAGCAUUAAUUGCUCAGUAUUGUUGUGAUUUAAACCCCUGUACCAGGACACCUUUGCUAACACACAUUUGGUACCAAUGAUGUAUUCACUGAGAAAAUACAGUAUUGCACUACUACUGCUGUUGUUGUUGUUUAACUAAUUAAAUAUAUCACAGGAGGGAUAGGCCUACCCUCAUUUCAUUUAUUUAUUUACAGUGCGUGUGAUAUUGCAUUGUUUCUAUUCUAUUAUUAUAUAGGCUACAGGGGCAGACUCCUGUUACCUAUCACAUUCUUUGUUCACAGUUUGUUUAUGUCAGACAUUUUCAAGUCUGUUUCAUGUUAGCCUUCCAAUCAUCAUUAUUAGAUCAAUAUUCGGUUGCUGUUAGUUUUGCUGGCAUAUGACCUACUCCACAUAAAUGGCAAUUAUAAAUUGUAGCUGUUUGUGCGAUUUAAUUAUGUGGUAUGCUAGGUAACCAGCUCUGAUUGGACGCAUGAAGUUCAGUUCACACCCCUCGCCCCUGUGGGGAACACAUCUCGACUCAACACACUAACGCACACAUCUAGGCUGUUGCCACGGGAUACGGUACUGCACUACUUGUCAUGGGGAACAGGGUUUUGGGUCCCUGGGUUUUCAUUCUCGUUUUCCACGGUAAGAACUUGUAAGAAAUUUACUAGCUAUAUGUAGUUUAAUGGGGGAAAUGUGUUGUUUUUCUCUUAUUUUUCUAUACUAUAAAAUAUUUUAAGUUAGCUAGUUUUCUGGUUUAGACUUAACAAUAUUGUUUAUAGUUAGCUAGCUUGUUUGCUAACGUUGCAGUAGUGUGCAUGCAUCCACACUUGUUUUUAGCUAGCUAGAUAGUUACUGUAGCAGCUCAAAAGUUAGCUAUACAAGUAUAAAGUAAUCUAUUACAGCUAAGUUAAAUCGAAUUUUAGUGCGAGGAAGCUUGUUGUUGUAAAGCUGUAAUUCAGCAAUUAGCUACUGACUGACUCGACUUCACAGAGUAACGUGACAGCUAGGGACACCCAUUAAUAGGUUCCACCUCGGGUCGCGCCAUUGUUGUGAACGUUCUCAAGCCGCCCUCUACCGGCGGCGCAAUAGAGGGGUCCUAAAGUCGUGAUAAACCCAGUCAUUCUGGACGGAGGCUAACGACUGUUAAGUCAAAAUUACACUAUAGUGCCUGGAAAUACGAUGACAUUGCUAAAGUAGUCAAAUAUUUAGUAGGAAACAACUUUGCCAGCAUUAUCAUGUCGUCAAAUUUACUUUAGACAAAUGGCAAUGUCAUUAGCUAGCAAAGUUCGUCAAAAAAUAGCUAGCAAUUCGAACGUUAGCUAGCUAACGUUUAUUAAACAUAUUUGGUUGUACUGCAUCUAAAGUCAAUCUGGCGACAUCAAAAUGAUGACAAAAGGUUUUACUACUAAUUAAUUGCCUUUCUUUUAAUGUCAUUGUAUUUCCAAACCACUGUAAUGCACUUUUGAUUAAAUCUUCAUCAGUGCUCAAUAAUAAUGCAUUGAGUAGAAUGCUCAGACAGGCAUCAAUCCAAAACGAAUGUUCAAAACAAUAGUGACGUAACUUGCAAUCCAUGAAUAGCUACCAAAACACAACAUGGGAAUAAUCCCUCCAUGGGCCAGGACAUUGUUAUUUAAUCAGUUCAUAUUACAAAAAAUUGUCUAGUUUAUAACAUGGCUGUAAACCAGAGCCUUUUAGCCCUGAGCCUACACCUUAUAGCCUACCUUGUCUGACCUGGACACAUUUGUUUGUCCAAGGAGCUUCUUUCCUUUCAUAGGCUAAUGCACUGUAAUGUUAUAUUAUACUGUUUUCUCCCAUAGAGGUGGCUGGCUUUAGCAUCAGGAAUGAGCUGCUGGGUAAGUGUGUGCAGGUCCUGGUCCAGGAUGGGCAUCCCGGGGGCAGGGUGGUGCUGGGGGAGUGCAUCCCUGGCUCAGCGCUGCAGGAGUGGCAGUGGCUCCCUGAGCGCCUAGCCCUGAGCAGCCGGCUCACAGGAGAGUGUCUGAGUGGCCAGGAGCAUGAUCUGAGUGUCCGACUGCACUACUGUGGCCCUGGGAAUGAGGAGGGAGCUGGGGCUGCAGGUGGCGAGGUGGGCAGGGAGGGCCAGGCAUGGGCCUGCUCUAAGAAGGGCCACCUCGCACUUCAAGGAAAGGGGCUCCACCUCAACGCUCGUCACGUAUCCUCUAAGCUGUCUAAGAUCUUCCUCUCUAAAGAGCGUGGGCAGGCCAGCAAGUGGAGAACGCUGGGCAAACAUACUGUGUGUGGUGAUAGAGACAGCCAUCACCACCACCAUCGCCACAGGUCCACACAAACUGCUGCUCUGCCCCCCUCAACAAGUGCCCCUUCCAAUACAAACAGCCAACCAGAGUCGAGUAAGAAGAACCGUCGGCUAGGGUCCCAUCAUAGAGAAGGGAUGUGCAUAAUGUCAUCCUUCAGUAGCUUUCAUUAUAGAUCUCAUUCAUUCUCAUCAUACUGUGGGCUAUCUGUAACUGCCAUUUUUAUCGGUUGUACAUUUCCUCGCUGUCAAGCUCUGAAUUACAUUAACACAACUGUACUUGUACGCUACAUGUCUUGGGUCAUAGUCACUGUUAUUUCCAUUGUCUCCUAUGCAGUGUCUACCAAACAAAGUCUUAAGUUAUUCUGUCAGUAUUUGUUCUACCGAUCUUUCAUUUGCCAUAGAAAUACAUUAUAACAAAGUCACUUUUUCUUAUCUGCUUUGAGAAUACCUUGGUUCGGUCAGUGUCUUAGGCUUAAUAGUGGGUGAUCCAAAUGCUGUCUCAGCAUGGUCAGAUACCACUAGUUCCAUCAGGGAUUGGAUUUCCACUGUCCUUGCUGGCUAAAUCUCAUUCCGCUAAGUGCUCUCCAAUAUUUAGGGUCCUAAUAUGGGCUGGUUGCCAGCAAGUCCAUAACUCUUCACUUGGGGCUCCUCCCUACACCAGUCCUAUGGGGCACUAGUCUAGACCUAUGUGUAUGUCUUUUGAUUCAAUUCAAUCUCAUAAUCCUCAGUUAAGUAUUUUGGUCUGGCUUUGGUAAGAUGGCAUACUAAUUGAUGAAGAGGUUAAUAAAACAAAGGAGCUAUGGCUUUGAGAGAAUAACUAGGGUGUUACUCCUGUGUUAUUACACUCUAAUGCUGAUGUGAUGCCCCCCCUCCAGUUCCAGGGGAUGGUGUGGUUGCCCCUAACACCACUGGAAUGGACCCUGGGACCGAGCUCUCUCAUCUGGCUGAAAGCAUCACGGGCCUUGAGGGCCCCUCAAUUACAUUCUUCACCGCUGAGUAUGGUGAGUUGGGAAACCUAUUGCCGGAGGGUUGUGGAAGGAAGACUAUAACUGCUUUCAAAACAAAUCCAGGAGCAAAACACAUUUCUCUGCCCAGAUGGGCUGUGGGUCCUUCUACUAUGUGCCUUAUCUACCACACGGUGGCGCUAGAGGAGAGAGAAACUUACAUAGGAAUCUGUAGAGUGGGUGUAUUGAUGUAUAAGCCCACUCAGAUAACUCCAGUUUCUAAAGGAAAGCGUUUGUUCACUCUGAACUGUCGAUUAUGGGAGUUUCUGAGAGUUUGUCCAUCUCUCUCUCUUUGUGUGUGUUAUAGGGUUUGGCUGGAAAGUGACCAUGCUGGUGCUGAGCUCUCUGGCUCUGGUGCUGGGGACUAUCAUACUCUUCCUCAACAUCCACCACAACAGGUGGGUGCUUAUAUUUCUCCUAUUUCAAACAUGUACAAGUGUGUAUUAAUACACGUGUGAAUUGGAAAUGUGUUUUUUCCAAUUAAGGUUAAGUGCCUUGCUCAAGCGCAAAUUGACAGAUUUUCUUUCACCAUGUAACCGCUAGACUAACCUGCCCACUGCACCACUACUGGUCUACUGACAAGGGGCCUAAGGGGAAAUGCAACUUGCCAGUAAUACCAUAAACAUACAUUUUGGAUCCAGUAUUAUGAAAACUACAUUCAAGAAUUAUCGAAUUUCCCUCCUGAAUGUGAAUUAUGCUCCAAAGAUCCUGUGGUUAGGAAGAUUUUUUGAACAACCCAGAACUACAACUUCAUCACAUACAACUUUUUAAAACGACAAUAACCACAACUUCCCACACAGUUGCAAAACUACAAAUGAGAACUACAAAUGAAUGAUUUCUCUCUCCCAGGAAGAAGAAGGUGGUGUGUAUGCUGAAGUCGUACACUCCUACAGGGGUGGUGAGUCAGCCGGGGUCCCCCGUGCUCAGUGAGAGAGCCCCCCUCACGCAGCACCCCAUGCGGCCGGCCCACUCUCCCUCCCUACAGCGAGGAGAGAUCUUGAUCAAGUGGAAGGACGGUACAGUCACCCCGCUGUUCGACAGCUACCUGACUGACUGAAGGACAAAUGUGUCUGUGUGUGUGUGUGUGUCUUUGUG